CCAACGUGGCUCUGGCAGACCGACACUUUCAUCAGCCCUGCUGUGUGAAUAGCUAGCAGCCUCCAGAAGGCCCAGACCUCGGGGGUCCACACCCGACGUGGGGCUUGAACUCACAGCCCUGACAUCGGCCCUGAGAUCCAGUCACAUGGUCUGAGCCAGCCAGGCCCCAAUUCCAUGCCGUCUUUAAGCGGCGGGCUAACAUGUAUUAUAAACUUCUCCGCUUGCCUUUUCCAAGGUACUUCAACUUAGAUACACAGACAAUGCUCCGGUCCCGGGGCUGGGGGUGGGGAUGGAACGAGACCCAGCCGGACGCACAAUUCCUCCUCAGCAAUCCAGCCUCGCCUAGGCUGGGGAUGCAGCCCCUGCUCCGCCUCAGCCUCUCCCCUCUUCCUGUCCUGGCUGGUGGCUCCUCACAGAAACAGGGCGGGGCGCCGAGACCAGGCCGUCACGUCCCGAGCGUCGGGGGGCGGGACCUCGGGUGGCGACGUCACGAGACCCCGCCCGCGCCGCCCUGCUAUCUCCCGCGCCGCCCGCCAUUUUGUCUCCAGUGUCUGGUUUGCAGUUGGCGGCGUCGGAGGAAGUGUCUUGGUCCGUAGACUUGAGGCAGGGAGCGGGGUCUAUUGUCUGUGUUUGACUCCGUAGUUUGGUCCGAAGCCUUCCGGAGCUUUCCCGGGGCAGUCGGCAGAGGCUGCCGCCACCGCCCCCGCCCCUCCCCUCCGUCCCCCGGUCCGGGAGGGACCGAUCCCGCGUCACGCCCCUCAACGUUCGCGGAUCCCUUCUCUGUCGUUGCGUCCGCAUCGCGCCCCCGGAAUCAGACGGUGCCCCAUAGAUGGCCAGCUUUCCCCCGAGGGUCAACGAGAAAGAGAUCGUGAGAUCACGUACUAUAGGUGAACUUUUAGCUCCAGCGGCUCCUUUUGACAAGAAAUGUGGUCGUGAAAAUUGGACUGUUGCUUUUGCUCCAGAUGGUUCAUACUUUGCUUGGUCACAAGGACAUCGUACAGUAAAGCUUGUUCCGUGGUCCCAGUGCCUUAAGAACUUUCUCUUGCAUGGCACCAAGAAUAUCACCAAUUCAAGCAGUUUGAGAUUGUCAAGACAAAACAGUGAUGGUGCUCAGAAAAAUAAGCCUCGUGAACAUAUUAUAGACUGCGGUGACAUAGUCUGGAGUCUUGCUUUUGGAUCUUCAGUUCCAGAAAAACAGAGUCGUUGUGUCAAUAUAGAAUGGCAUCGAUUCAGAUUUGGACAAGAUCAGCUACUCCUUGCCACAGGAUUAAACAAUGGGCGUAUCAAAAUAUGGGAUGUAUAUACAGGAAAACUCCUCCUUAACUUGGUAGAUCAUACUGAAGUGGUCAGAGAUUUAACUUUUGCUCCAGAUGGGAGCUUGAUCCUUGUAUCAGCUUCAAGAGACAAAACUCUGAGAGUGUGGGACCUGAAAGAUGAUGGAAACAUGAUGAAAGUAUUGAGGGGCCAUCAGAACUGGGUGUAUAGCUGUGCAUUCUCUCCUGACUCGUCUAUGCUGUGUUCAGUGGGAGCCAGUAAAGCAGUUUUCCUUUGGAAUAUGGAUAAAUAUACCAUGAUACGGAAACUAGAAGGACAUCACCAUGAUGUUGUAGCUUGUGACUUUUCUCCUGAUGGAGCAUUGCUGGCUACUGCAUCUUAUGAUACUCGAGUGUAUAUCUGGGAUCCACAUACUGGAGACAUUCUGAUGGAAUUUGGGCACCUGUUUCCCCCGCCUACUCCAAUAUUUGCUGGAGGAGCAAAUGACCGAUGGGUACGAUCUGUGUCUUUUAGUCAUGAUGGACUGCAUGUUGCAAGCCUUGCUGAUGAUAAAAUGGUGAGGUUCUGGAGAAUUGAUGAAGAUUAUCCAGUUCAAGUUGCACCUUUGAGCAAUGGUCUUUGCUGUGCCUUUUCUACUGAUGGCAGUGUUUUAGCUGCUGGGACACAUGAUGGAAGUGUGUAUUUUUGGGCCACUCCAAGGCAAGUCCCUAGCCUUCAACAUUUAUGUCGUAUGUCAAUCAGGAGAGUGAUGCCCACCCAAGAAGUCCAGGAGCUGCCAGUUCCUUCCAAAGUGUUGGAGUUUCUCUCCUACCGCAUUUAGAGGGCUCUGUCUUCCUGGCUAGGGACUGACCGAGCACACGUGACACAAACCUCAAGCUUGACUGACUUCAAGUAUCUGUUUUUCAAGGUUUAGAAGAUUUAUUUAAUUUGAUACAUUCUUGUAGUGCAUUUUGGUCAUUUGAUCAUAUUAAAAUAUUAUUUAUAGACUAUAGGAGAAGUAUUUCCAAACAUAUCAAAUGUAAAUUUUUUUUUAAAGUUUAACUGUGAAAACAUAUACAUACAUGUAUAUAUUUAGAUAUAAGCUGCUAUGUGUUGAAUGGACCCUUUGCUUUUUUAACUUUUAGUUCCAACAUGUAUAUAUUGCUUCAGUAGAUCCACAAUGUAUAUCUUAGCUGUAAAGUGGAAGGAUUUUUUUUUUUUUUUUUUUUUAAAUUCUGGGCCACUGAGUUAGAUAGUAAAUAUUGGCUGAAGAAAGCUGAAUUUCCUCAUUAAAAAAUGCAAAUUUGGUUGGGGGGUGGAGGUCAGACCUCCGACCUACAAGUAAAACCCCUAGGGAAACGAUUUUGUUUUCCUUAGGAACGUUAUCCAAGAGGUAGAAUUUGAAUGUGACAUAGCCAGGGUUAUAACUAGGAAAACGAUGUGUGUGUCCUGUCGUGGCCCCGCCCCCAUAACUAUUGUUGUGGGCCUUAACUUUGGAAAGCAGCUUGCUACUUUAACCCCGUGGUGUAAAGUAUUAUAAAUUUUAGUCCAUUUGAAAAAUCCAUCUACUGUAUUAUUGCUAAAUAUUUUGUUGUUUAUACUAAGGGACAAUUUUAAGACCGUGGUAUUGCUUUUUUGUUUGUUUUUUGUUUUUUGUUUUUUUUUUUUACAUGUAUCAUAUGUUUCUGCAGGGGGUGAUAUUGGUGAUUUGCCAAAGAGAAGCAAUACAGUAUAUCUGCUUUUGCCUUCUGUUAUUUAUCGUACCUGCAGAUAUUAAGAAUGUAUGCAUUAUGUAAAAUGCUUGAUUAUAUAUUUUUGAGUUUUUUAAAUUAAAGACUUGUAAAAAAAACCACUCUCACAAAUGUUUCUUCUGUGUGUGGGAAGGUUCAGUGCUUUUGUCUGUCUCCGUCAUGAGACUGAUGAGGCACCACAGCAAAUGAAGCAAGGAGGCUGAUGAAUAAAUAGUACACGUAUCGUGGACGCAGCAGCUUUUAUGUUGAUGUGUUCUGGGAGAACUGCUGUGAUUAUUAAUGCUUUCUUUAAAAGCACAGAAAAGCUUGGGGCGCCCAGCUGGCUCAGUCGGUGGAGCGGGAGACUCUUGAUCUCUCAGGGCCAUGAGUUCAAACCCUGCUUUGGGGGUAGAGAGUACAUAACGUGCAUAUAUACAAUUUAAAAAAUAAUAUAGAAAAGCUGUAGAACAAGGGAAAAUAACUAUUGAGCAAAAGAAAACUAUAGUCUUUUAGGGGGAACCAACAGCCUCAUAGUAAGUCUAUCUCGUUAAAGUAGCCAAAGGAAAGUCUAGUGACGUGGGCCUUUUGAGGAGGUGAAAUAAGCAAAACUUUUAUUAGCCACGUGUGCUCUCGAAGACUUGUUUGCACCGAGAAAUUAUUUGAAAGUUCUUCCAGUUGGUUCUGUGAAGGGUGGAAGUUAUAAAUUUGAAAGCCAGUUGAAAAUGUGCCCAAGUUGCUUCUUGAGAAUCACCUAUCUUACAAAAAGUAGCACAGAAGCAUCUUAUCUUUAAACCUGUUGUGAUUUUUUACUUCAGAAUGUAUCUGCUUUAUAAUUGGAAAAUGAUAAGAUACCAUUACUUAUUCUUCACAACGUUAAAUGAUUUGCUCUCCAACCAACGUAUGUGAUCAAGUAAAAAUCGCAUUUUUGGAAGAUGCAUUCUCUGAGAAGGCCGGAUUGCUUACUACCUCUUCAUGUGAAAAUCACAGCGCCAGGGUGAAUGGAAGAUUGCGGAAUAUAAGUCAAGUAGAAACAGACUUAAAUUUUCCAUUUAUCUGUGGAGACUGAGAUAAUAGGAUGAUACUGCUUCAGACUGAGUGACCCAAGGAAGGUAGGGAAGAUGUGGUUGGGUCAGAUUCUAGCGAUGCUAUUUUAUCGGAAUGAUACUGCUUUCUCCCACUUGCCAGAAGCAUGCCAUUCGGAGAACUGGCAAGAGAUCAUUUAUGUUCAGAUGUGAUUUCCUAUCUUAGUGCCCACAGGGGUGCCUCAUAGUUAGCAGCCAUGCUAUCUUUUCACAAUUUCAAAUGAUUUAAAGCGACACUUGAAGACCUGUAACUUGAUCUUAGGUCUGCAAAUCUUGACUUUAUGAUGCUUGAUGUCCUCUGCCUACUUGUGACAAAGUAAAGUUGGAUUCAGCUGGUUUGUACUGCCCUCAGGGCAACAAGACAGCAUUACGGCAGGAGCAUGCUUCUGGGUUGAGGCAGUGGCCGAUGGGUACAGAGGACUUGGCUCUCAGCCAGCCAGCACAGGGAUGAGAAAGAGACUGAGAAGCCAAAUAUCGCCUCUCAAGCCAAAAACCGGAGAGUGAAUCCAGCCAUCAGAUUCAUCAAAAUGAAGGUUUGCGGGUGAUAAAAUUCUGACCAGGUUCUGGCCUAACAAUGCAUUUUAACUAUAGAAUGUAUAGAUUAUAAUAUACAAGUAAUAUCUACAAUAGAGUUAAAUAUAGUUAAUUGUCAGUUUCAAAAUCGGGUAAAGCAUCCAUUUGGAGUAUACUGGGUUUUUUUUUGUUUUGUUUUUAAAUCCCCUUGGAAGAGCUGUCAGCAAUAAAAUGCAACCUGGAGAAAUGGUCAUCA